AUGGCCCAGCCCCCCCGGCCCAGCCGCGCCCUGACCCCGGCCGCGCCCCCCACCCCGCCCCCCGGCCCGGGCGCGCCCCCCCGGCCCGGCCCGCGCCUCUGGGAGGGCCAGGACGUCCUCGCCCGCUGGACCGACGGCCUCCUCUACCUGGGCACCGUCAAGAAGGUGGACGCCCCCCGCGAGGUCUGCCUGGUCCAGUUCGAGGACGACUCCCAGUUCCUGGUCCUGUGGAAGGACAUCAGCCCCGCGGCCCUCCCGGGCGAAGACCCCCUGUGCUGCGUGUGUCGCUCGGAGUCGGCGGCCCCGGGGAACGGCCUGGUCAGCUGCGAGAAAUGUCGCCACGUGUACCACCAGGACUGCCACGUGCCCCGGGCCGCGGGCCCCUCGGAAGGCGCCGGCCCCUCCCCCUGGAUCUGUCGCCAGUGCGUCUUCGCCAUCGCCACCAAGCGAGGAGGGGCGCUCAAAAAGGGCCCCUACGCCCUGGCCAUGCUGGGCAUGAAGCUCUACCUGCCCUACGGCCUCAAGGGCCUGGACUGGGACGCCGCCCACCACGCCAACCGCCAGCAGACCUACUGCUACUGCGGGGGGCCCGGAGAGUGGAAUCUGAAGAUGCUGCAGUGUCACUGCUGCCUGCAGUGGUUCCACGAGGCCUGCACCCAGUGUCUCAGCAAACCCCUGCUCUACGGCGACAGGUUCUACGAGUUUGAGUGCUGCGUGUGCAGGCGGGGCCCCGAGAGCGUGCGGAGGCUGCAGCUGCGCUGGGUGGACGUGGCGCACCUGGUGCUCUACCACCUCAGCGUCUGCUGCAAGAAGAAGUACUUCGACUUCGACCGCGAGAUCCUGCCCUUCACCACCGAGAACUGGGACAGCCUGCUCCUCGGAGAGCUGUCGGACACGCCCAAGGGCCAGCGCUCCUUCCAGCUCCUCUCGGCCCUCAACGGCCACAAAGACCGGUUCAUUUCCGGGAAGGAGAUCAAGAAGCGGAAAUGCCUGUUCGGGCUGCACUCGCGCGCGCCCCCGCCGCUGGAGGGCGGCCCGGCCCGGCCCCCGCCGGCCGCCGGGGGGUCCGGCAGGGCCCCCGCCGCCCCCAGCCCUGACCGGGACCGCCGGGCCGGCGGCGGCGGGGCCUACGACUUCCGGCCCACCGACGCCCGCUGUCUGCCCAGCGGCCCCAUCCGGAUGUUCGCCUCCUUCCACCCGUCGGCCAGCCGCACGGCGGCGCCCGGCGCCGCGCCGCCCCCCGACAGGUGCCCCCCGGAGCCGCGGACGCCC